AUGACUUCCGCCGAAACCCGUACCCAGCCAUUCUCCAUGAGUCCCGUGAGCCCUAUCAGCCCCGUCGACAUUGAGCCACGACAGUACCGCCGCGGGUCCAUGGUCGAUGAUGCCAUGGCCGAGCCGUUCAUGCGCGUAGGCCGCCGCGGCAGCGAUGGCAGCGAUGGCAGCCUCUCACCGAUCGAGAAGCGGGAUCGCAGGAUGAGCAAGGAGUGGGAUGCCUCAAAAACACCGCCAUCGAGGUUCCAGAAGAUGGAGGGUUCGGCAAGAGUCAUGAAAUGGGUGAUCAACGGGACUCUUCUACGGAUAGAGAAGAGGAGAGAAGAGUAUUUGAAAUACUACUAG